AUGACCAUUUCUACUCUACAAUCCUUAUCAGUCAGCACUUCUGGUUCACACUCGCGAAAUUCUCUUCAGGCCUACCGCAACAGCAAUGGGGACUCUCGCGAGCCACGUCGUUCGAAUCCGCACACCAGUUAUCACACUACUAGUGGUAUGUCCGAUAUAUUGGAAGUUGUUGACAAUUUCAAUGCUAUGUCCGUCAGAGAUCCAUCUGAUGGUGAAGCAAACCUGAUGAUGGACCUCAUAAGAGCGAAGCGCGAUGUUUUCCAAGCUGAGAAGGCCCUCGCCGAUUCGAUACUACAAGAACAUGAGGUUCUGUCAAGCUUGUUGAGAUUCCAAGCUGAAACUGCGGGGAAGAGGGUGGAUGAUGCGGACCUUGGCCUAGGAUAUAUGCGAGUUGCCUUCAAGAGGCACGGUUGGACUCCUCACGCUCAGGCCCCUCUAUCCGGACAAGGAUGUUUGCACGCCGAUAACUUAGAAAAUGCAUGGCAUGUCACCACUCAGCUUGAUUAA